AUAUUUUGCCCAGCUCUAAUGCAAAGUCCCUGACUCGUCAACACCUCAAGUGCUAUGUUUGCCUGUCCGUGUUGGGUCACCCGGGUUCACCAAUAAUCCGCCUGCUUGUCCGUUGGAACGGCAACAGAAUAUAAUGAAGCAAAAUGAAUGCUCUUUCUCGUUGUAGUCUGAGUGCAGUCCUGAUACCUUUGUCACUUUGAUAACACUUUCUCCUGCUUCUCCAACUGAGCCGUGUGUAUGAAUGAUAGGUCUAUGAAUUGCCCAGGGAAGUGUGAAAUAUUCUUUUCUGUGAGCGUUCAACCAGAGAGCAUUUUGUCCAUAAACAAGUCCCAACUCACAACCCACCUCUUAUAUACAACCUUGAGGUCUCUCCACUCCAGAAAGCUGCACAUUUUGGGCUUUCGAGCCAGGACCGUCUGCACCAACUCUCUUGUGAUCUUCUUUUUCUCCUUAUCAGACAAAGGCACGUACCAUUUCUGAAGCCUGAGCUUGCCUUGUCGACUAAACAGAAGCAUGAACUGCAUCUGAAAUGAAGAGAUGACAGGAAGACAGAGAAGCUGUAAAACACAAUGAGAGAUAAAGGAGUGGGUGGUUCCACAGAAAGAGGCAAAAGGCAUUCGAAAGAACACAUCUAAUCACUAAUGAUGUGAAAUCGGAUGUAGAUAUCAAGGGCCAGUCUGAUUCUUACCACUUAAGCCAAAUUGAGGAAAUGAUUACAGUAUGGCAUGUGGGAGGUGCUCGAGAAAUUACAACACGAUUCAUGUAAUAACUUCAUAUCAAUGAUAAUAACAUAGUUAGUUAUUAAGCUAAUUGUGAAUGGUCUGCUGCCAUGUGUUUAAGACAAACUGCGCAACAUUUAACUUCAUGUUCAUUCAUCCUCAACAGUUUCCCAGAGACGACACAUCCCGUGUUUUCAAUUCAAGAUACAUUUAAAAAAAAAAAUAACAUGAGACUGUCAUUUUCAUAAUCAAUUAAAAAGCCAGUUCUCUACAGUUAUCCAUAAACAUGACUGAAACCAUCACGUUACCGUUAUCACAACCUAACGGAGGUACCGUUAACACCGUUAUUCAGCGGUUAGCAUUAGCCUGUUCAGCCACCGCCUAGCCUGUUUUAAAUACGACAUGCAACCACGCGUGUAUGUUCAUUUUAAUAUAAAAGUUGAAAUUAUACACGUUCAAAACUACUUACCUUGAAUAACAACACUGUAUUCCCCUCUGACGAAAUGAACUACCCAGCGCCACCCUGAAACAUACACGGCCAGUUGGCAUCAAGCUUCUGAUUGGCCAAUGGAGCGCUCACAACGUUGUUCAUUGGCUGACAUUUCUUUACAUUCUCCGCCUAUCCUAAGCUUUAACUCGAUAUCAUGGAUGUGAUUGGCUGAUGUGAAUACAUCAAUCAAACCACAAGGAACCGGAUGGUUCCGCACAUUAAAACGCAAUCAUCAGAAGCAUCAGCUGAAUGUUUUAAUAGAGGCGUAAUAACCAUAUAUACUGUCUAUGGUAAUAACCAGGAGGGGAAUGUAGCUAGAAGUGGUGCAGUACAAUAGACAAGCCUAAGGGAGGUGUCUAAGGGCCAAUAAAAAGUAUUAGAUAAGGCCAUUACAGGCCUGUGGAUUACAGUAAUCCUAUCUACCAUAGCGUUGGCUAUCACACACUCAUCGCAUUCCAGCGCAGCUGAAGACGAAGAUGGAGGUCACUGCUCGAUGUGCUGCUGUGCUGUUCCUCCUGCUUCUAUCUCAGGCCCUGAUCGCUGUCCACUCACAGGAGGAGGACGAGGCUGUCCUGGAGGAGGAGGUGGUUGUCCCGGAGGAGGAGGAGGAGGCUGUCCCAGAGGAGGAGCUGCAGGAGGAGGACCAGCAGGUGAUUGAGACGUGGACAUCAAACACAAAAGCCUGCACCUGUGACUGUGAGUCUGCUGAUUCACCCACACGUGUCCCCACUGUCAUCCCAACUGUCCUGCCGACCUCACUGCUGCCGCCGCCACCUCAGGCUCACUCACUGAACUGCAUGCCAGAAUGCCCUUACCACCGAGCUCUGGGCUUUGAAUCUGGAUCUGUGACAUCAGAGCAGAUCAGCUGCUCCAAUCAGGACCAGUACACGGGAUGGUACUCCUCCUGGAUGCCCAGCAAUGCUCGCCUCAACAACCAAGGGUUUGGGUGUGCAUGGCUCUCCAAGUUUAACGACCCGCAUCAGUGGAUCCAGAUUGACCUGAUGGAGGUGGGUGUGGUGUCUGGCAUCCUCACCCAGGGCCGCUGCGAUGCUGAUGAGUGGAUUACUAAAUACAGCAUCCAGUAUCGCACUGUGGAAACUCUCAACUGGAUCUAUUACAAAGACCAGACAGGAAACAACAGGGUCUUCUAUGGGAACUCUGACCGCACCUCCAUGGUACAGAACCUGCUGCGCCCACCCAUCGUAGCUCGCUACAUCCGCCUGCUGCCGCUGGGCUGGCACACCCGCAUCGCCAUAAGGAUGGAGCUGCUGAUGUGCAUGAACAAGUGUUCCUAAAGUGUGCUCAGCCUGCUUUUUAAUCACUGUCCAUCCUUCCCCUGCCAACCUGCCGCUUGCCAAAGGGGGGACAUCGGUCCAGCACUAAAAAGAUCCAUCAUGUUACUUUGUUACAACCUUCCUCUCUUUAAUGAGGCUCAAAGCAAACUAAGUUUGGGAAGGUGGACAUGUUUGAUGCACUAUUUAUCUGUCUUAAAGUCUGUAUGAAUUAAUUGUUUUAAUAUGUAAAUAAGACAUUGGACGCAUACAGGGGAUUUCAGUUUAAAAUGCAAU